CAAGCAUUUCGCUACACUCGCAUUAACAUCUGCUAACCAUGUGUACCUGACCAAUCAAAUUUCAUUUGAUGAACUAGCUGCCCAAUUCAAUACUGCUCUCCCUCAACUCUCUGGCCCCCGUCCAAACUAAACAAGUCUCCUUUUCCUCCCCCGGGUUUACCCCUGAACUCCGCGCCCUGAAGCAAGCUAGCCGCUGCCUGGAGCACCUUAGCAGGUAGUCUGGGCUCAAAAUGUCCACACUGAGGCCUAUAAACUCCACCUCUCCACCUACAGAAAUGCCUUCAGUGCUGCAAGGUCCACCUACUUCUCCAACAUCAUCAACAGCUCCAAUAAGAACUCCCAGACUACUUCAGCCCUGUGACAACAGCUUCUCUACUACCUCCAAGAUCACCAAAAUAAACUCAUCACUGAUCAUCAUCUCCCUCAGCUGCCCCACCCCGUCAGCCUCCCAGUCGUCACACCUAAAACCCGGCUGUCCGAAUUUGCUCCCAUUGACUCUCCCUAAAUCUCAAAACUCAUCAUGUCAUCCAAGAGUACAACUUGCUUCCUGGACCUUCUCCCCGCUGUUCUCAUCAAAGCCUGCUCUCUGUUUAUAUAUCACACACAUCGUCAACCUCUCCCUCACCCAUGUAACCGUCCCCUCCAACUACAAAACAGCUGCAGUCACCUCCAUCUUAAAAAAGCCAGGACUGGACACCACCAUCCUCAAUAACUUCCGCCCCAUUUCCAACCUCCCCUUUCUUGCUAAGACUCUGGAACAUACUGUUGCCUCCCAAUUACAAACUCACCUGCUAAUCAACAACCUGUUCGAGCCCCUCCAGUCUGGUCUCAGCCCCCUCCACAUUACUGAACCUGCACUCCUCAAAGUUGUCAAUGAACUCCUCACCUCUGCUGACGCUGGUGCCCUCAACAUCCUGAUUCUCCUGGACCUGAGUGCCGCUUUUGACGCAGUGAGACAUCAGAUCCUCCUUAUCAGGCUUGAGGGUCAAGGUGUUGAGGGAUUUGCACUGUCCUGGCGACAAUCAUACCUCACAAACCAGACCACUACAUCUCCCUCAAUGGCCACACCUCAGACUCAACUGACUCUGAGGUGUGGCCAAUGAGGGAUAGGGUGACCCCCAGGGCU